GAUCCGCUGCUGCUGCCGCGGCGGGCGGACCUGCAGGAGGAGGCGGCGGCAGCGCCGAGGCCGAGGGAAGAAGAUGGCGGACGGCGUGGACCACAUAGACAUUUACGCGGAUGUAGGCGAAGAGUUCAACCAGGAAGCAGAGUACGGUGGGCAUGAUCAGAUAGAUUUGUAUGACGAUGUCAUCUCUCCAUCUGCAAAUAAUGGAGAUGCCCCAGAAGACCGUGAUUACAUGGAUACCCUCCCACCAACUGUUGGUGAUGAUGUGGGCAAAGGAGCAGCUCCAAAUGUCGUCUAUACUUACACUGGAAAGAGAAUUGCAUUGUAUAUUGGAAAUCUAACAUGGUGGACAACCGAUGAAGACUUAACUGAGGCAGUUCAUUCUUUGGGAGUAAAUGAUAUUUUGGAGAUAAAAUUUUUUGAAAAUCGAGCAAAUGGCCAGUCAAAGGGAUUUGCCCUUGUUGGUGUUGGGUCUGAAGCAUCUUCAAAAAAGUUAAUGGAUCUGUUACCUAAAAGAGAACUUCAUGGUCAGAAUCCUGUUGUAACUCCAUGCAAUAAACAGUUCCUGAGUCAAUUUGAAAUGCAGUCCAGGAAAACUACACAAUCAGGACAAAUGUCUGGGGAAGGUAAAGCUGGUCCUCCAGGAGGCAGUUCACGUGCAGCAUUUCCACAAGGUGGUAGAGGACGGGGCCGUUUUCCAGGGGCUGUUCCUGGUGGGGACAGAUUUCCUGGGCCAGCAGGACCAGGAGGGCCACCUCCACCUUUUCCAGGAAAUUUGAUCAAGCAUCUUGUUAAAGGAACUCGGCCUUUGUUCCUGGAAACUAGGAUUCCAUGGCAUAUGGGGCACAGCAUAGAGGAAAUACCCAUUUUUGGCCUAAAAGCUGGACAGACUCCACCACGCCCACCCUUAGGUCCACCAGGCCCUCCUGGCCCUCCAGGUCCUCCACCUCCUGGUCAGGUUCUGCCGCCUCCUCUAGCUGGGCCUCCUAAUCGAGGAGAUCGCCCUCCACCACCAGUUCUUUUUCCUGGACAACCUUUUGGGCAGCCACCGUUGGGUCCACUUCCUCCUGGACCUCCACCUCCAGUUCCAGGCUACGGCCCUCCUCCUGGUCCUCCACCUCCGCAGCAGGGACCACCUCCACCUCCUGGUCCUUUUCCACCUCGUCCCCCUGGUCCACUUGGGCCACCCCUUACACUUGCUCCCCCUCCACAUCUUCCGGGACCACCCCCAGGUGCCCCACCACCAGCUCCACAUGUGAAUCCGGCUUUUUUUCCUCCGCCAACUAAUAGUGGCAUGCCUACAUCAGAUAGCCGAGGUCCGCCACCUACAGAUCCAUAUGGUCGACCUCCACCAUAUGACAGGGGUGAUUAUGGGCCCCCUGGGAGGGAAAUGGAUACUGCAAGAACACCAUUGAGUGAAGCUGAGUUUGAAGAAAUCAUGAAUAGAAAUAGGGCAAUCUCAAGCAGUGCUAUUUCAAGAGCUGUGUCUGACGCCAGUGCUGGUGACUAUGGGAGUGCUAUUGAGACAUUGGUAACAGCAAUUUCUUUAAUUAAACAAUCCAAAGUAUCUGCUGAUGAUCGUUGCAAAGUUCUUAUCAGCUCUUUGCAAGAUUGCCUUCAUGGAAUUGAAUCCAAGUCAUAUGGAUCUGGAUCAAGAAGACGUGAACGAUCAAGAGAAAGGGACCAUAGUAGAUCACGAGAAAAGAGUCGGCGUCAUAAAUCCCGUAGUAGAGAUCGCCAUGAUGAUUAUUAUAGAGAGCGAAGCAGAGAACGAGAGAGACACCGAGACCGUGACCGAGACCGUGACCGAGAACGUGACCGAGAACGAGAGUAUCGUCAUCGCUAGGAGCUGAAGGAAGAGGAACACCUUCCAAGACAAAAGUCUUCAUGAGAGAAAAGUGACGCUUGUCCAGCAGUUUGCUUCUUGUGAUUGAACUGAACCUGUAAGGAUUCAUGGAUAAACUGAACAGGAAUAGAUCUGAAUAAAGCAAAUCUGCAUAAAUGGUAACCAGUAGCUCUACUUUAUUUUUUAUGUUGCUUAACUGUUUUAUUUGAAGGAAACCUGUGUGAUUAAAAAGUUAAUAGCUUUUGCAACUUUAUUACUGGUUAUAUACAUUUGGCCAUUAUAAUGUGCAAGCAAUUGGAAAAAGUCAAGUACAUGCUUGUUUUUAUAGUAGUUGUUUGUUGUUAAAAAAUGUUCAUAUGAUAAUGUCUGUAAACAGCACCACUUUGAUUACAAUAGAUGUAGUGUUGUAAUAAACUGUUUAAUGGGGCUGAUGUGUAAAGCUGUUCAAGUUAUUUGAUGUUUACACCUCAGGGAAAGUCUUGUGUUCAGCAAUAUCUAAAGAUAAUGUUACUAUGACAACAUUUUUACUGUCCUUUAAAAAAGCAUUGCAAUAGCAUUUUUUUGGAUAUGCAUCAAUCUAAUCUUGCGUUCAGUGAAUUAAACAUAACUAAUUAAGUGUCUCUUGCCCUUGGUUUUGAUAUUAGAAUAGGUGAUUACAUGGAUAUUUAAUAUUUCUAUAUUCUGCUUUUCUAGCUGUUUUUACCUAGUUAGCUUGUGACUUUGCUGAAUGGUAUGUAAACUUGUAAAAACUACAAUUUGACAGACAUAGCAAUCCAGUCAAUGUGUUAAGAGUUCCCAAAUUUGAGGUUAUUACAUUUUAGUAAAAAGUCGUGUAUGUGCUUCAGUAGUGCAGCGUAACUACAACACAGAUGUACUGAGACACUUAAUUGUGAACUACUAGUAUUAAUGAGAGAUUUUGGUAAUUCUGAUUUGAUGCCCAGUGAUUUGCUGUUUUUUUAUUGAUAACACUUAUGGUUUAGAUUUGAACCCAUAGGCCGUGUACAUACAGCCAUGCAACAGAUAAAUGUGAGUGAAAAGAACCUUAGUUUUAUUUCCAGUUGGUAUAGUUUCUGAAAGACAUGAUAUUCUGAUAGGGUUUAUUCCUAGAGUGUGAGUAGUGGGAGGUUUAGUAGUAUCAUCUCCACAGUUCAAGAACUUGAGUGUUCAUGCAGCCUAUUGAUUUAUAAGGAAGAUUUUGUUUUGUCGUCCGUCCCUCCCAAUCUGCCUUAAAAAAAAGGCCUACAUUUAAAGCACUUGGUUUGCAUGGGUUAAUUAGCAGAAGUGGAUGUAAAUUUGAUUAGCUAUUUUUAUAAGAAGGUAAUUCUGAAAUCACUAUAUAAAUUUGAGUUAAAAUCUUUUAAGUUAACUUUUGUUUUGUUUUUCUGGUACUGGGAUGUGAACUCAGGCCAGGGUGCUUUCCCUUAGCUUUUUGUGCUCAAGACUGGCGCUCUACCACUUGAGCCACAGCUCCACUUCCAACUUUUUACUGGUUAAUUGGAAAUGAGAGCUUCAUGGACUUUUCUGCCUGGGUUGGCUUUGAAAUGCAUUCCUCAUAUCUCAGCCUCCUGAGUAGCUAGGAUUACAAGCAUGAGCCACCAGAGCCGGGCUUUGCUUUCAGUACAUUUUUAAUGAUUUGAUCAUCUAUGAGAGGUAUCCUGAUUGUACACAUUGGUUUUUUUAAAGAUGGCUAAAAUUUAGGACAGUGCUUGAAGUACUUAGGAGCCCUAGAUAUAUGUAAUAUGCAACUAUAGAACCCCUCUAGAGAUUUGCCUACCAUUCUUCAGUUUUGUCUUGUCUGCUAUCAAGCCACCUACAAAAUUAUAGCUGUUUCAAAUACCUACAUUACUGCCAAUUUUAUUUGAAAACAUUUUAUGGUUGGAAUAUCUGUGCAUGAGAUCAUUGGUGUUUAACAGAACUGUUUUCUCUUAGAAAUUUUAAAAGAUAUUUCAUCUUGUUGAAAAUGACCUUGCUUUUAUAACAUUUAAGUUGUAUCAACAUCUAUUUUCAUGUUUUGUGUAUAAUAGGUGUUGUAAGUUUUUGUCAUUUCUUAGCUUUUUUAUAUAGUUUUUAAUUACAAUGCCCUAUUGUGAAGAAGUUUGGACGUACAUAUAUUACAAGGGAAAUUAGUUAAUAGUAAGAUUAAAAGGUAAGUAAAAUGUCCAUGAGAAUAAAUUUUUCUCUGAACAAUUUUAAAAUGGAAUUAAAAAUACUUAACUAUACUUGAAGUGAAACUGGAAAUUUUGUACUAAUUUAAUCCUUCAUUUUCCUUUUUAUUUUUUAAUCAUUAGGACCCGUUAUAAUUGCUCUUUUAUAUCACUAUUCUCUCUGUGGCUAAUUUCAUUACAUGACUUUGGUUGCAGACAGUGUGAGUGUCUUAGAAUUGGUUGCUGCUAGACCGUUUUUAAGUAUUGCCAGAAGAUAACUUUUUGGUUUAACUGAGUAAUUUUUUGAAAUCCUCUACCUGAUAACACAUGAAUGUAUAGCAGAAAAGGUAAAAAUUGCAAACCUUGUUUUAUUUGUCAUGACCCUUCUGUUGUUUAUGAGCUAAUGUUAUUUGAAAACUCUUUUUUUAAUGUGUAAAAACAGUCCAAAGAGAAAUUUUUACAAACACACCAAAAAAGAGACACUUUUUUAUUUUCUAAGUCACAAUAACUAGUAGAUGAGUGGAUUUUCAAUCAUAGCAUUUACUGGUGUGAUGCAGGUACAUUCCUUUCAGCUAGUAGUAAAGUUACAAAUGAUGUUUCAGCACCCAAAUGAUUAUGUUUCUAAAGCAGCACUUUCAAUUGAAAAUGCUGCUUUUGGUUAAAGGAAGUAUGCUAUGGAAUGGAUAUCUCAAUGUAAAUUCAGAAGUGUUUAUUUUUUAUCAGUUUUCAUUAGCAAGAUUGGAAAACUUGCUGUGGCUAUUGACCAUACUUUAGACUGUAUCAUGUAAUGGCUCCUUUACCCAGAAUAUUCUUAAGCAGUUCACUAUAAUUUAGAGUUCACAAAUAACUUCUAGCUUAAGGUAUUAUUUUCAUUUUAUUCUCCUAUGGAGAAUGUUGCUUUAGUUUUUACUAGUUUAAGGUCAAUUCUAAAAGUAAACAGAUUUUAAUGAAUGUUGUACAUUGUUUUAUAGUGAAAGGGAAAAAUGUUGAAAGGGUAAAAAUUCUUUCCCUUACAUGUUAAAAUGUGCCAAUAACCUAAAUAUAUACUGUUUUAUAUAAGAUGCUACCAGACUUUUCUGUUGGGACUGGUCUCAACAUUUUGGUUUUCUUACCUGAAUAAUCAUUGCCUUUUCUGUAUUUUAUAAGGUGGUUCCAAUUUUAUGUUUUAAGCUUCAUCUUAAAUUAUUUUAAGAGGAAGUAUGUUUUUAUUCUUUACCUGAGAAUACAGUGUUGAGAUUCUCACUGCUUUAUAGAUUGACUGCUUUAAAAAUUUUACUCAUUUACUUCAUUUGCAUCAUAGUCUUCUGUAAUGUUUCCCCCAGUUGUAUGUACUUAAAUGCACAUUUAUCAGUUGUUCUUGUGCUAAAAUGAUUGAGAAACGUUUGAAGUGGAGCAUUAUUCUAUUUUCCUGUCCUUACACUGUGGUUUUUUGUUGUUUUUGUUUUGUUUUUCCAACAUUAACCUUCAGUUGGAAACACUGCUGUGUUUUUUUAGCAACUUCACUCUUAGAAGCCUUAGACUAAUAUUUUAAAUAAAACAACCAAAAAUUACACAUUUAUCAGAAUGUGGCCUUAUAUCUGGCAUUCCUAGUGUUAAUGAUUUAUAAUUUUUAGAGAAAUGAAGAUUCAAGAUUAAAGUUUCUUAAGUCAAAAUAGAAAAUGUUAACUGUCUAGGCUUCUGGGAGGAAGUUCUUAACGUUUUCUUGGCAUUAGAAAGUAGCAAUAUAGAUUUAUGAAUAUUUAAAAUAUUCAGUCAGUUUAGAUUGAUUUAAGUUUGUCUUAACCAACACUUUAAAUUUUCAGGUUUUUGACAUUCUCUGAAUAUAGCUGCUAUUAUGUAUGGGAUGUGUAAACACUUGGCUACAUACAGACAGAUUUCAAAGUUCUAAAGACUUUCUGCAACAUUGACAUUGUAAUGGGAAGCUUUUCAAAUAUUAGAUCGAAUUUAAUUGAAGUCACACAAAUCUUGAAGUAGUUUUUCAAGUGAGAGUAUCCUAAAACUUCAUUAUGGGUGAAAAUGCUUUACAUUAAUUUCAUGAUUGAGCAGACCCUGCAUUUCACUUUGAAGGUGUGUUCUUUGUUUCAUUGUUACUGCGUAACACCUCUCAGCAUUCUGUAAGCUAAAUUAUUUUAAAAUAUGAUGGUAAAUUCAUUUUAUUUUUUUACUUUGAAAAAUGUAGUACUCAGGUGGUAUUUAAUGGGAAAUGAUGCUUUGGGGUGAAUCAUAAUAUAUUUUAAGGAAAACAACUAUAACAUUGGUGACUUUAGCCUUAAGAAAGGUCUGUUCCUUCUUACUCUGCAUCCCAUGGUAUAUUAGCGAAGUAGUUUACAACCCAGUACAGCCUUACAGAGUUGUUUUACAAUUUUUAAUGGAAAGCCCUUAGCAACAACAAAAUGUGUCAUAUUACAAAUAUCCAUGAAUUGCCGAAUCGCUUUGUAAAUAAUUUGUCUAAUAUCAAAAGACCAAAGAAAGUCUCACAAUUCUAGCUAUUAACUAUGAUGAUGACUUCAUAAUAAGUUCUGUGCAAAAGGUAAGAGGAUAUUUGCUCAAAUAGAUAAAAGUUUUUGAUGUCCAUCAGAACCAGACUUCCAUAUUAGCUUUUUUUUAAAGCUUAUUCCUAUUUUAUUAAAAUGUUUGUAAUUGCAAUUUUGUGUUUAAUGUUUACUUUGUCCUUUCUUCCUUUAGCAUUUAGGUGACUGUUCAGCAGUUUGCUAUAUGGCUAUUGUCGGCCUUAAACUGCAUUAGUAACAAGCAUGAUAUUUAUCUUGUAUUGAAAAUAAACCAGUUUUGAUA